AUGCGCGCCUUUGUGUGCCUUGCGCUCCUUGCGCUUGCCGCGUCGUCGCUCGCCGCACACUCGCCCGAGCAGCUCCUCUCCCAGGGCUACGAGUCGCAGAAGACCUUCCGCGACAAGCAAGUCUUCCACCAUGCUGGCAAGGGCCACACUGUCGUCAUCGACCACGUCGAGCAGAUCGCUCCCAAGUCCCAGGGCGAGCUCUUUGACUCGAUGAUGCCCCACCACGAAAACCGCAUGAAGCGCAUCAACAAGCGCGCUGAGGAGCUCGGCAACCCCUACGCCCCCGACCUCUACUGGGGCUGGAUUCCGAUCUACAUUAACUCGCUCAACAUGAACCAGACCAUCACCUUUGCCGGCGGCUGCUUUGCUGUCAACACGCUGUCGAUGGUGUACGACCAGACUGCCGGAUCUGCCACCAUGACGCUCACCUCGUCCAAGCCCCUCAACACGUUCUGCGAGGACUACUACUUUUUCGCCACCGUCACCAGCUGGCACGGCCAGAUUGUCAAGGCUGCCGGCGUCCAGGUCAUUGAGUGGGAAAAGUUCAGCCCCGCCGAGCUCGAGGACAUUGGCCGCAACGGCUUCCGUGUCUUCCGCUUCCUCCAGAACGAGGUCGAGACCCUUGUCGACAUUUACGAAACCCUCCAGCUCUUCCUGGGCGCUCUCGGCCUGAACACUGGCGGCAACUCGUCCACCCACGUCCCCACCCAGACUGCCGAGAACAACCUCAAGUUCCUCCACGACUACGCCAACCUGACGAUGGUUCCCCGCACCACCAUUGAGGUUCCCCUCGACCCCUCUGAGAUUGAGUCUGGCGACUUUAUCGGCAUUGUCCGUCUUGACGGUCUUGAUCCCACCAUCAUGUGGGGCUCUGGCUCGGCCCUCGGCCACACCACCGUUGCCCUCUGGAUUGACGGCGAGCUCAACAUUUGCGAGUCGCAGUCCAAGUCCAACUACUGGCCCGUCAACCUUGUCCAGUGCAACCCCUACGCUGACUGGAUCAAGUACGCCACCGCUGCCGACUACAACGUCAUCCACCUGCCCCUGUCGCCCGAGAAGCGUGCCCAGUUCAACGAGACUGCCGCCAUUGCCUUUGUCAAGUCCGUUGUUGGCAACCUGUACGGCUUCCAGAACAUGCUCUUCACCUGGCUCGACACCCCCGACCAGAACAUGCCCGCCCCCGUCGACCAGCACUACCUCGUCGUCAUGCUCUCGCUCCUCGACCCCAUCCUCGAGCCCCUGCUUGUCGAGCUCCACACUCCUUCCCUCUGGAACGUGGCCUUCAACCGUCGUCUUGGCACUGCCUACACUCGCUGCGUCGAGAUCUUUGCCCACGCUGCUGCCCACAACGUUUCGUUCGGCCAGCUCAUCUCCAUGCCCGAGCAGGACUGGUGGAUUUACGCCGGCCACGAGCCGUGGUACCCCGACGGCAUUGCCAUGGUCUGCGACGUCUUUGUCUGCUACACUUACAAGGCUGGCGGCCUCUUUGGCAACCUCACCGACAGCAUCAACUGCGCCGAGUUCACUCCUCUUGACGUGUACGAGCUCGCCUGGUUUGACACUGCUCCCAUCCCCGCCAAGUGCCAGGCUGCCGACCCCGGCAACAAGUGGUGCCAGAUUCUCGGCAAGUACCGCAUCCAGCUCCCCGAGUUCAACACUGUCCAGCCCUUCGCCCACAUGCGCGAGAACUGCCCCUCCAUGCCCCCGUACGCCGAUCGUUACAACCCGAUCGCCAAGGCCACUUGCUAA